AUUCCAACUUUAUACACCCCAUUGUUUGUUUUGUAUUUCCUGGGGGACUUUAUAAGUUCUCACUUGUAAGUUGAUGUAUCUUCAGAAGUCAACACCCCUCACGCGCACUGCAGCUUUGGGCUUGAUGUGAAGGAUGCGGCAGUCGAGGACGGAAGAUUUUAAACGGCAACAACCCUCAGCGUUUAUUUUUGAUAUAGCCUACAAUAAACGACCGGAAAUACACUCCGCCUGAAUAUGAAGUCUUGCGUUACAGUCCAGUGAAUUGCAGUUUUUUACUCUGAAACGAUGCGGCUACAUUUACUAUGGAGCGGGUUAAAAUAGGCUACUGUAACGCUGCUGGAUUAAUGGGGCUUGAUUUUCCUUUACUGUAAUUUCAUAAGGUAAAUCUGUGAUCGUGUAAAUAUGGAGACUGAUAUUCAAGUCAUGUUAGAGCAGUUCAUGACCAGCCCUCUUGUUACUUGGGUUAAGACAUUUGGUCAGCUAGGUGACAAAGAAAGCAACAUAUUCUCUGAAUACAUUGAAUUGGUUGGCGGUAUAUUCCUGAACAAAGUCAUGGACCAAAUAAAUCCCAAAGGGACUGGUCAAGGACUAAACAAAGUAAAUAAUGAUGUCGCUCAGAGAGCUCAAAACCUGUCUGUUCUCAUGUACCACAUCAAAACGUACUACCAGGAAACCCUGCAUCAGCUGAUAAUGGUUUCUCCUCCCAAUGUGCUUCUGCUAGGCAGGAAUCCAGUCUGUGAGGAAAGUCUGGAAGAAAUCAGCAAGUUGCUCUUACUGUUACUUGGAUGUGCUGUACAGUGUGAAAGGAAAGAAGAGUAUAUUGAGAAGAUCCAGAGUCUUGAUUUUGACACAAAAGCAGCAAUCGCAGCUCAUAUUCAAGAGGUAACCCACUGUCAGGAGAACGUGUUUGAUCUGCAUUGGUUGGAAAUGGAGGGUUUGUGUCCAGAUGAAUGGGAAAAUCUUUGCAGAAAUAUGACCUUUAGUCUUAAAAUGCUCGUGGACCAGAGAGACCGGCAGUUUGAGACCAUAGUGGAGCUGAUGCAGGGGAAUGAGAUGAUACAGUCUGCAGUGUUUGGUGAAAGCCCCUCCCUCACUGAAUCCUCCGGCUGCCACCUCCCUUUAUCCCAGCAGCAUCUGGCACUGGAGCUGAGCGAUGCUAAAGCCAAAAUCAGACGCCUCCGACAGGAACUAGAAGAGAAGAGUGAACAGCUAUUGGACUGCAGGCAAGACCUAGAUAAUGUGGAGGCGGAGCUUAAAAAGCUUCAGCAGGAGAACAUGCAUCUUUUAACAGAUGCACGAGCAGCCAGGAUGUACCGUGAUGAGCUGGACGCGAUGAAAGAAAGAGCCAUCAGAGCCGACAAACUGGAAAGUGAAGUGGCACGCUACAGAGAUAAACUUCACAACAUGAACUUUUACAAGGUCAAACUAGAGGAGUUAAAAGAGGAUAAUCAGGUGUUGAUGGAAAGCAAGGUCAUGCUCGAGGAACAGCUACAGAGCAUGAAAGCACGAUCUGACAAACAGCACCAGCUGGAGAAACACAACCUGCUACUGGAAGCAAAACUUCAUGACAUGGAGGAGGAACGAGCUGUGGACAGAAGACUCAUAGAGGAGUUGAUGGAGAGAAACGUCGAGCUGGAGCUCUCUCACAAACGGACCAUGGAGGAGUCACAGCGUCUCGGCUGGGAACUGGAACAGCUUGACAAGAACCCUGAGCAGAAUUCAGUAACAGAGCGAAAGUCUUUAGGCCAGGAGGUCACAGAAAGGACAUGUAGCAGGUUGCUGAAAUUGGAAAAAGAGAACCGCAGGUUACUGAAAGCUCUAGAGGAACUUGAAGGAACCAGACUCUCAUCAGAUGGCUUACUUUCUUAUAUAAGUCAGGGGUGCACUGCAUACCACCCAUCUCAAAGAGCUUUGGAGAUUGACAUCAACGAGCAAGGAGACAAUGAAAGUAAUCACGAAUUAUGGGAGAAGGAAGGUACAACAGAUGCUAAAUCUGAACAUGCAGAGGAAAAUGGCAGAAUGGAAAUGACGGCACAGAUCCAGAUGACCAGUGACACACUACAUCUUCAUGCAUCCUUGGAAAACAGAAUAGGCAAGAUUCAUUGUCUUGAAUCAGAACUUCAAAAGCUUGAGUUGCAGAACCAGAGUCUUCAAAGAUUCAUGUUAGUCUCCAACCAACACGAAGGACUGGAGAUAGAAAAGCAAGGUCAAGUUCUGGAGAAUGGCCAUCUAGAGCCAGAAAAGAGUCAUUUGGAGAAGGAAAAUCUGAGACUACGACAGCAAGUGAAGAUCCAGGAGGUGUCUUUGGAAAGCAGUGGCCUGAAAUUGGCAGUUUUACAGAAAGAGAACCAUAAUAUGGUUAAGAAGGCUAACUGUCUUACUGAGGUCUAUGACUUGAAGAAGAAAAAUCAGGAGCUUCUUCAGCAGACUGCGAUGAACAAGAAGUUGCUGAACACUGAGCUGCUUGACCAGAAGAUGAAAGCUCAGCAGAAGGAGACCGAUCUUGAGAAAAUGACUUACGAAUUGGAAAAGAUGAGGUUGAGAUCAGGAGAUCAGGAGUCGGUAGACCAGAACAUGUGUCAGCAGUUGGAUUCAGAGCUGGAGUCUUCUCUGAUGAAGUCUCUGAAGAUUAAAAAGGAGAGAAUGACCAGUUUAGAGGCCCAUCUGCAGGAAGUAACCAAGAUAAACCAACAACUACAGCAGGAUCUCAAGACUAUCAAACAGAACUAUGAGGCUUUGCUUCAGAGGCUGGAGGAGGAGAACGCAGAUCAGAGCUCUCCAUCAGAGAGGGAGUGGCAGAGAGAGACCCAAAAAGCCACAUGGGCGUUGCUGAAGGUCAAAGAUCAACUUAUAGAUGUGGAGAGAAACAAUGCAACGUUAUUGGCAGAAAAGCAGGCAUUGCACACUCAGCUGCAGAGCUUGCAGACGCAAUCAGAUGAGUUGCGAGCACAAAUAGUUGCAUUGCAACAGCAGACGGCAUCCUUGCAGGAGAGCAACACAACUCUGCAGAAACAAAACGCACAACUGCAAGUAGAGAAGUCCACUGUGUCUACCCAGAAUGCCUCUCUAAUAGCCAAUAAUGCUCAGCUGCAGCGGGAGCAUCAAAGAUCAGAUGCCGAGAAGGAGGCUGCGGUACAAGAAAGAGAAGAUCUGCGUACUGUUAAUGAACUACUCCUACGAGAUCACGAGAGACUGAGCGUCCUGCACGAGAGACAGGCGGCAGAGCUGGAGGUCCUUUCACACAGAUACUCCACACUGGAGAGCGGCCAUCGAACCCUGGAGAUUGAACACCGAUCACUGGAAGACAGAUAUGACACCCUACUUCAUCAGAGAGCUCACCUUGAGGGUUUUGAGAGAGCUUUGAGAGAGGAACAACACAAGAUGCAGGAUGAGAUAUUAACACAAAGAAACACAUCUGCAGAAUGCCAUAGACUACGAGAUGAGAAGGACUGGCUGAACCAGACCUAUCAGAAGCUGUUAGUGGAAAAUGAGGGACUUCAGGCGGAGCACAGAGACAUGAAGAGUCAGCUGAACUCCAGCAAACUGGAGCAGAAACAGCUGGAGUCUGAGCUUUUCAAACUCAAAGAACACAACCAACACCUGGACAUCGUCACCAUUAAACUGAGCAACCAGUGUGAGUUGCUGACCCAGCUUAAGGGGAACUUGGAGGAAGAAAACCGACACUUGCUGGACCAGAUCCAGAGCGUGAUGCUGCAGAACCGGACCCUGCUAGAUCAGACCAUGGAGAGCAAGGACCUGUUCCACGUAGAACAAAGACAAUAUAUAGACAAACUGAAUGAACUCCGAAGGCAGAAGGAAAAGUUGGAAGAGAAAAUCAUGGACCAGUAUAAGUUCUAUGACCCAUCACCUCCACGCAGACGAGGAAACUGGAUUACCCUGAAGAUGAGGAAGCUGAUGAAGACUCGAAAUCGUGAACAUUCCUCUGCACCUCCCCUCCGCUCCGAGUCCUGUGAGGGUCUGGAUAACCUGCGUCGCCGUGACAAUGGUUCCUUCACCGGUUCCCAGGGCUCGGAAGAAUCUGGCUCCAACUCCCUGAAUGGCGAUGGUUUCUCUCCCAGGAAGAGCAGCAUCAUCCCAAAGAAAAUGUUUCAUGUUAAACGUAACAGAGCAAAGGAUAAAGACAAAGCCAAGUCCCUCUUCCGUCGAUCUCUGUCCAUGAAUGACCUGCUGAACACAGAGGAGGAUUUGGACGAAGACUCUGAGCAGCCGGAGGGACGAGCAGAAGAAAACAUAUUACAGCACAUGUCAAUAAUACACUCCACAUCAUCACCAUCAUCCAUACAUCAUUACUGUUCCAUAGACAGUCAUAAAACAGUUCUCGAUGAAGGUAAAGAUUUACAAGGAGAUACAAUACCGCAAUGUGUUGCAAAUGGCCAUGAAGACCAAAAUCAUGCAGGUUUAAAUGGUAAAUCAAGUCGCGCCCCCAGUGCGAGCAGUGGCGAGUUUAGUUUGAGUUUGGAGAAUGAAGCUUGGUCCAGUGACAGCAGCCCACAUCCGGACCCACUCUACAAAAAUCACAGAUCCAGCAUCUCCUCUUCUCCAGCCCAACCCGGUCACGAGGAGUCCAGACAGUGUUGUUCAUCAGGGAGUGGAGUACGGAGAUCCAGCAGUGGGAGAUCUACUGGAAAUACGUUCCACACGCCGGACAAAUCGGGCAUCGGUUUGUAUAAAACUCAAAGCGUUCAAAGCACGGAGGGUGAUUCAAAACUCGAGACCCAAGAAAAGUCUUCCUCCGUAUCCGGCUGUUUGAAUUGCUUCGUCUCUCCGAUGCGAAGCCCCAAGACGGGCCAGGCUCUUUUCAGUUUACCUCGUGCCAGCUGUGUCAUCUCCACAUCAGAGGGCAACAGUCGGCGCGCAAGCGUCCACAGCACCACUUCUGGGAAAUCUGUGGCAUCUCAAGUGACUCCAUCUGAGCCUAGCAAGGGUGAUUUAGAAGAAACCCCUGACUUGGAAGAGGAGGACAGAAAACCAGAACUUGUUUUAGACUCUACGUUCACCAUAGAUUCAGUCUUUACAAACACUAUUUUUAGCGAGUCUACUUAAAUACCAAUUACAACAGGAUCUAAACACCCCUUACAUUUAUGUGUUUGGCAGAUGCUUUUAUCCAAAGCAACUUAGGCUGGAUUUACACUGCAAAUCUUGAUGCCAAAUUCCGAUUUGUUGUCUCUAUCCGACUCGCUUACAUCAUCUUUUAAAAGCGACUCGUAUCCGAUAUCAGCAUUUACACUAAACACUUGGAAAAGCAAUUCUAGGUAGGCAUACUGACCCGGAAAGGCUUGAAAUACAGAGGAAGUUAAAUGUCACGAUACAGACAAAAUAAUAAAAAAUUAUUUUAAUUAAUAAUAAGAUUAUAGAGCUUUAUUUCUGUAACAUAAGACAUAAAACUUCAACAGUACUCCACGAAGUGGAGCUGUCGUCUUCCAUUGUGCUGCUAAGAAAAAGAGUUAUGUGAUCGCGGUUGGUGUCCACCUGAGUUGACCUCAUUUGCCAGCGUCGCAUUUUCAAUGAUGCAUGACACAUCUUAAGAUAGGAAUAUCCGAUCUGUCCACUUACACUGCGGACGCGAAUGCAUGUAUCCGAUUUAUUUCCACAUAUGAAUGAGGCCUGAAACCGAUAUUGGAGAAUAUUGGAAUCUAUGCACUUUUGGCCUGCUUACACGUUUGUGGGUCAAAUCCGAUCUGUGCCACAUGAGGGAAAAAUUGGAAUUGAGUCACUUCAAACAUGCGAUGUAAAUGCGGCAUUACAGUGCAUUCAAGUAUUAUAUUUUAUUAGUAUGUUUGAUCAUUGGAAAUCAAAUUAACAACUUUUAUUCUAGUCCUCUACCAGUCGAGCUAUAUCAUGUUUUACAUAUGUUAACGUUGCCAAGGGUGCUGCGCAGUGAUGAUAAAUAAUGAUAAACACAGCUAUUGACCAAUCACAAUCAAGGACUGGAACUAACCGUUUAAUUAUUCACAAAAUAGCCACAAAACAAUUUAUUGUUCUUAAACAAACCUUAACUACUACCUUAAACUACUCCUGAUCUGUAAUAGACAUCUGGUAUCAUACCAUUCAUUUUUCCUUAUAUCUGUCUUUUCAUAUUUUCUAAAUUGUAAUUUUGUUUAUAUUUCAGAGGAUCUUAAUUAUUUUGUUUGUCUUUGAUGUUUGUGUUAAAGGUCCAAUGUGGGGUUUUUUUAGUGGCAUCUAGUGGUGAGAUUGCGAUUUGCAACCAACGGCUCAGUCCACAACUCACCCCUCAAUUUAGAAAACUCAUAUGGUAGCUGCCACAGGACAAACAUGUCGUCGUCUGAGACCACGCAGUGUCAAAAUGCCCUUUGUAGAGCAGUUUGUCCGUUAAGGGCUACUGUAGAAACAUGGUGGCAACUUCCACCAUAUAAGGGGACCCGGGGGUGUAUGUAGAUAAAAAAUGGUUCAAAUGGCUACAGUUCAUUGUUUAGGGUCUUUAUACAUCACUGAAUAGUUAUGUAUGUUAUAUUCCAUUUCUGUCCCACACUGCACCUUUAAAUUACCCUCUUUGUUAUGAAUUUUGAAAAUUCGUGUUAUUCUACAAAUGACAUGCAUGACACAUAAACAAUAGUCAGUGGAGAUACACGUGUCUCAGCCCUUUUGUACAUAAAAGAUAAAACCGUACCGCCAUCCUGCAGAAUAAAGAGAAAAAUGCACCUUGUUUUUGUUGAAACAAGCCAAUGUUUUAAACUACCUGUGUAUCUUCUGAUGUUUUAAGGAUACUUUGUUUAUUUUCUUUUGUGGUGUUUUGUGUUGGUUUUUCCUUUGUUUUAAGUAGAUGUAUCUCAUAAUAUAAAUAAACAUUGUAAUUUUCUAUCUUUA